AUGCGAGCUCGUCCCGGUAAGAAGGCGGAGGAGGGAUACGCACGAGCUGAUCUCACCCCUGCUCUUCUUCUCAGCUUUAUUGUAUCAUCGAAGUUACCGACACACUCCACAGAGCAAAUUAUUGUCUCCAGUGGUCAAUCACUUGUCAAUCUACCUGCCUUUGAAUCUCCCACGCAUUCCAAAUCUUCAUCUUCUUCUUCUACAUCCAUUACUCCACCUCCCCGAGUUAAAGAUUCAAAUCUUCCCCGUCAAAUACCUGUCAAAUUGGAUGUUUAA